CAGUUCGUCUCGGAACUUCUAAGCGAUCGGUUUUGUGUGUGCUCGUGUUCGCUCCGCCGCGCCCAAAGAAGAUUUCGAAUAUAUCAAAUAUCGAACGAAAUUUUGUUGUGUCGCAUUGGCAUAUACGGGAAGCAAGCAGCUACCGCCAGAAGAAGCAGAAUCUGCAGACGAGGAGCAAUAAUCCUCAAUAAAUGUUUAUAAAUAUCACUUAAGAGCGAUCCCCCAUCCCCCACGAAUCAAUUCACAAUUUUACAUAUAAUUUAUUCAACAAAAAGCCAUGUGCCGAGUAUCUGGUUAAUGUCAGCGCGAAAACUCAAUUCGAUUUAUGGUUUGUGAUUGCAAAUUUGACAUAAUUGUGUUUUUUGAUUUAUUUCUUAUUCGUAUUCGAAUUCGUAUCCGUAUCUGUGUGUAAAGCAUCUUUAAGUGGCGCAUCGCAACAAAAUCUGACCACGAUUAUCGCACAAUACAACAGGGAAAAUCUUUAUUUUUCCCCGCGGGUAGACACUGGGAAUUUGUUUGCAUUAACCCGCCGAAUCAGCGGCACCAAGAUGACGCACUCCAGUCCGACUUUAAGCUCCGCUUUGCUGCUCUGCUGCACAGUUAUGCUGCUGGCGACAGCGGCAUCAGGUAUACAGAACAGAACCAACAGCAGCAGCAGCAGACCCACCAGCACCGCCAGAGUACAGGCCCAUCGAGGGCAUGGCCAUCGACAGCGACACCAUGCGAGUCCCAUGGUAACGACACAUCAGCGACAGUCCCGCCGAAUGCAGUUGGCCAAUCAGGCCAAGGCGGAGGUGGAACUGCUGCCGGGUGUGACCAUGCAGGAGGUCACCCGACUGCGUCGCAUCCAUCCGCAUAAUCCCUACAACAAGGUACUAACGCGUCGCCUGCACCAGCAGGGCGUGGCUGGUCGUCCCACCGAGUGGGACUACAACACCUACAACAUCUACACGAAUACCUUUGGGCCGCCACCGCCGCCGGUUCCGCCGUCUUCGCCGCACUCUGGCAAGGGGGAGGACAACACCCAGGAUGUGGAGUUCAUUGGGGUGCGAGACCGGGGACGUGGCUACAACUAUGUGCCAUCUGUAUCCGUGAGCAGCACCACUGCACCACCACCACCACCGCCGAGCCUCAAUCGCCGCUCUGCCACUCCGAGCCUGAGCAGCAUUGGCACCAUUCCGCCACUGGUUCCGGCCAGGCGGGGCUAUGUCUACACGACGACGGCACCCACGACCAGCACGACAUUCACAUCCACUGUGACCACGGAGGAUCCCUACGAGACGAACACAAUUGGACGCAACUAUCCCACAGAUCCCAAGGAGAUGGAGAGGCGACACAUUUGCGCGCAGCAGCGGACAAUCACGAUGCCCGUCAAGACGACGGAGGUGUACACGCGCCCCACCUGGAAGCACAUCAGCACGCCCUGCCAGCCACAAUCUUAUUCGGGGCAGAUGUGCACGCGGGUGCAGGUGGUCCACGAGCCGGCCUACCGGGACGUGAUCAAGCACAAGACGGCCCAGCAGAUGACCUACGACUGCUGUACGGGCUGGAGCCGGGAGAAUCCGCGUGCGGAUGCGUGCAUGAAACCUGUUUGCUCCACGCGCUGCCAGAACGGCGGCAACUGCACGGCUCCCCAGACCUGCUCCUGUCCGUCUGGCUAUACGGGCCGCCACUGCGAGUUGGAUGUGAACGAGUGCCACGUUGAGAAGCCGUGUGACCAGCAGUGUGUAAACACACCCGGCUCCUAUUUCUGUCGCUGCAGGCAGGGCUUUGAGCUGCAGGCGGACCAGCAGAGCUGCAGGAAGGUUUCCUCCCACGGCGACGAUGCCUUCGAGGCGCGAGAUCUUGAGAACGACAUUGAUGAGAUGGAUCCCGAGGUGGCCACGCGGCUGCAGAAGAUCGAACGCUCGCUGGCCAAUGAGCGGGUGCACACUAACGAGCUGCAGAAGUCUCUCCAGGCCACAUACAGUGUGGUGGACACGCUACAGACGAGGCUGAGCACACUGGAAAAGCAAGCCCAGGACGUGAGUCGCCUGCAGACGAAUCUGUACAAGACGGAGUCACGCACCAACAAACUGGAGGGGAUGCUCAAUCUACUGCUCAAGUGCCGAAAUGGCCCCAAUGCCAACUGUCCCUAGGGGUCGACGAGGGCACAAAGAACUGCAUUUCUCUACGAUAAACAAAAAAACUAAUAUAAAUUAAAUGUUUAGUUAAUUUAAUUGUCUAUUCUGUUCGUGUUACCACAUAUCACAAACCGCACCACCAUGCUCCUGCUUGUAAGCCAUUCCCGAAUGCGAGUGCCUGCCUCUGUAGUCUCUAGAACCAGCCAGAACUUAGUACUUAAGCGAUGAAACGUGUCAUAAGUGUAUUACGAUCUGAGGAUCGCCGCAUCGCCGGCACUGCUCCCAUGUGUGUGUCAGUCAGUGUUUAGUUUUUGCAUGUAUCUGUAUAUAAUUAUAAUGUAUAUGAGAGAAAUUCAUUGCACAAAUAAAUGCAUUUUCCCAA